UACUUUUCAAAUGUGAUCAGUAAACCUAAUAGAAAUAUUUUACAUUAGUUUAGAUCAAUAGACAUAUGGGUUCGAUAAAGAAUAUCGAUUAAAAUUGUAAAAUCGCAAUGUAUAACUGUUUCAAUAAAUGUGCAUAAUAUAUGUAGAGGGAUACGUGUCGCACGUAUGCAUCAACCUAAAAUGUCAUUAACAGUUCAGCAAAUCAUAUUGGAUGCUAAGAAAUUAGUAAUAAGAAUAUCAGAUCAUGAAAAUGCUGCGGAUAAUUUAAUAAGCGACAUGGAAUCUGUACAUAGUCAGAUUGAUAAUAUGAAACAGUAUCAAGAAGCGGUUGACAUUUUAAACACAGAAGCAAAACAAACACCACACGUGCAGCUUAUUACCGGCAUCCAACGUGAAAAUAGACAUUUACUUGAAAUUCAUGCUGAAAAUAAAGAGUUAAGAAAUGCUUUAGAAGAUCAUCAAAAUGCGCUUGAAUUAAUAAUGUCCAAAUAUAGGCAACAAAUAGCUUCUCUGAUGCGUCUGAGUAAAACAGAUUCUUCAUCUUUGCAUAAUACAAAAUAUGCUAACAUAAUUACAAGGCAAGCAGAAAAAAUUAACGAAAUGGCAGCUGUAAUGAAAACAGCAGCAUCUUUAGACGAAGAAAAAGAAUGCAAAGAAAUGGAAGCAUUUCAUUGCUUGAAGAAAGAGAACGACGGUUUACGGGAAGUCCUUAAUAUUGCUAACAAAUUUGGUUCUUUGAGUAAAGACAUUUCGGUUGAAAAUAAGACAAUACAAACGGAUCCGUUAUAACUUAUAAAUUCUAGAUCUUUUGUAAACAGAUUGCACAGUAUUCUCAUUUUAUACUACAAAUUACAACCAUAUAGCAUAAAUACAGUAUAUAUAAUUCAGGUGGCAAAAGCAAUAGAAAACUAUAUGUACAAAAGUUAGUUUCUAUAUCUUCUUUGUUAUAAAAAAUAAUAAUAAUAAUAAUAUAUAAGAUUUGUUAAUGAUGAUAAUAACAUAUUUUUCGGGAUCAGAAAUACAAACUUCCUUAUAAAGCAGUAGCGAAUUCAAGAAAGGAACGAACGAACGAAAGCAUUUAUACGAACAAAGAGGCUCAAAAUAUUCACUAUUUUCUCAAAUAUAAAUCAACCGCAUCCCAUCGUCGCUGCAACAAAGAUAAAUGAUCUUUAAUCUUGAGAAACGUACCUAAUUUGUUUUUAUAUACAUAUAUAUCCGAAUAGAAUAAUUUUCGAUUGAAAUAAUUUCUUCGAUACGUAUUCGAAUAAUGUAUAAAUCGAAUAAACAUAAGCUGUAUUUAUAAUAGCACGUGUGUAGUAAACAUCUUGUGUAAGAACUUUCGAUAUAAUUAUUUAAUACUCCGUAAAAGAGUGAUUACGUUGUCGUGUAUGGUAGGAAUGUAAAAACUGUAUAAAAUUAUGUUCUCUCGAA